UUCACAAACCUUCAAGGACCGGAACCUGUCCAAUAUUUUUGGUUGAAUCCAGCAAGAAUUUAGGUUUUUCACGGCGCUAGAGAGGCGUUUUUACCCCAUAAACCAUGGAUCACGAAGAUCAUUCACACAUCGAUGAAACAAGUUCUCUUCUCGACGGAUCUACGGAGUCAAACUCAAACGAAAAUAUCAGUUUUUGUACUCGCUUCUUUUGCUGUCGAAACGUCUUGGUGUUUUUACAAUUUUGUGGUUUUAUUACUGUAUAUGGAAUGAGGGCUAAUCUAAGUGUCGCUCUAGUAGCUAUGGUUAACCAGACAUUCGCUGAACAGUCAGGAAAUAAAGUGUUACAACCCGAAUGUAGAAUAUACCAUGGGAAUUCGAGUGACGACGACACAGCUGAGGAUGGUCCUUUCAAUUGGGACCAGCAGACCCAGGGACAAUCAUAUUAUCUGCCGUUACAGGGAAUUACGUAUCCAGCAGCUACAACUCUGUGGAGUAGAUGGGCUACUCCCCUUGAGCGAAGUACUUAUAUCGUAUUCUCAUUCUCAGGUGGUGAUUUUGGUGCUAUUUUUUCCCUGGGUGUCAGUGGAUGGCUUAGUUCACUUGAAUUUGAUGGUGGUUGGCCUCUGGCAUUUUACGUUUUUGGUGGUCUAGGUAUUUUGUGGUUUAUUGUCUGGAUGAUUUUAAUCUAUGAAAGUCCUUCUCAACACCCAAGAAUAGCACCUUGGGAAAAACAGCACAUACUGAAGGGGAUUGGUAGAUCACAAGACAUAGUAACCAUGAGAAAACCAAUGCCGACCCCCUGGAAGUCCAUCUUGACCUCAGCACCAGUUUGGGCGAUAGCAGCACUUGGAUUCUCAUAUGGCUGGGGGUGGUAUGUCUUUCUGGCGUGUCUUCCAUCCUUUUUUAAAGAAGUGCUGGAUUUUAACAUCAAAAAGAAUGGAGUCUUAACUGCUCUUCCUUUUAUUGCUUCUUGGACUAUAAAAAAUUUAUCUGCAAGAUUCUCUGACCUGCUACAGAAAAGGUUUGGCUGUACAAUUGUGAGAAAAGCCUUCAGUACUACAGCAUUAAUCAUAGGAGCAGGUCUCCUUUUACCAGUGGGGUUCUUAAAGUGCAGCCAAGAUGUUUUAUCAAUAGUCUUCUUGACCAUAUCAUGUGGAGCACUUGGCUUGUAUGCUCCAACAGGGGCAACCAACCCAGUUGAUCUUUCGCCAAGAUUUUCUAGCAUCGUGAUGUCAAUUUCUAAUGUUGGGACAAAUAUUCCUGGCAUUCUUUCACCAGUUGUUGCUGGCUAUUUGACCAACCAUCAGGGUAUGAGGGCACAGUGGAAAAAAGUGUUUUACAUCACGUGUGUAAUCUAUUUCUCUGGACUUCUGUUCUUUUUGAUAUUUGGAAGUGGAAAAGAACAGGCUUGGAACUCCCCUCCAGGUGUGAAGGCCGAUGAUGAUGAUAUUGCUUCUAUCGUAGCAAGAAGGGAAUUGCAUAGUGAACCACGUGAUGAUUCUGAUUUUGAAAAAUCGUUUGGACACAGUGUACAGAGUUCACAUUCAGCUGUUAUCUAAAGCAAAUCAUAUAUAACUUGUAGCUUUUUAGAGUCAAAUUAAGAAAACUGUGAACACCAAUGGUAGUAGGGGUCAAGGUGAUGUGAAAAUCCUUGCCAUUCAUCCCCCUACCAUUGGACUGUGUUAUCCAUGUAUCUAUUACUUUGUAUUAAAGCAGAGGUUAUUUUUCUUGCCCUCUGUAGCUGAACAGCAGGUUUGACUUGACCAAAAGCCAAAACGGAGGGCAGAUGAUAAAGACAUCUGCAAGCACUGCUCUGUUGACGGUAUGCUCCUCUAUGAGGUACUAAAUUGCCCCUAUUUCACUUAUGACGACACAUGCAUUAUAAAACAAUAUUUUGUUUUAAUGCUAAUCAAAAAUCAUAGAACUUAGAAAAGUAAUAACAGCCACCAACUACUUAUAUAGUUUUAGGUUUUAUAGCAUAAUAAUAUCUUUACAUAAUGAUAUUUUUAGCAUAAUAUUUUUACAAAAUUGAAUUGUAUUAGGGAAUUAUGGUAAAUUUAAAGAAAUAAUGAUAUUAAUUCAGAUUUGAUGCAUAUUAUAAAUAGCUAUUUAAGAAUACAUGCAUGAUAGAUUUUGUAAGAUAUUGUA